AUGACCCCCAUCUCAUCAACCAUGAUCGCCCCAGCAGCAACCGAGCUUUCACGAGACCCUCAUCUCACCUCCUCCUUCGACCUCCAACUCGUCUUCUCAAUCUUCUUCAUCGGCUACAUCGUUGGUCCGCUCUUCCUGGCGCCCCUCAGUGAGAUCUACGGAAGGAUGAUUGUGUUGCAAUUGGCGAACAUCUUCUUCUUGGUCUUCAACCUGGCCUGUGAUUUCGCGCAUACAAGGGGCGAAAUGCUGGCUUUUCGAUUGCUGUGUGGAUUGGGAGCUUGUGCGCCGGCGUCGAUUGGUGGAGGGGUGUUGGGGGAUCUCUUUCGCAAAGAGGAACGGGGUAUGGCGGUCGCUUUGUACACUUCAGGUUUCAUUGUUGGUCCGUCAUUGGGGCCGGUGUUGGGAAUCCUCAUCUACUUUAACCUCCCGGAAACCUUCGGACCUCGGAUCCUCUACUGGAGGGUCUCCAAACUACGCCGUGAGACGGGAAACAGUCGCCUCAGAACAGAGUGGGAACUCGAAGAUCAUACCACUGUCAAAGUCUUGAAGCAAGCCUUCGUCAGACCUUUCAUACUUCUUUCUACGCAGCCGAUCGUCCAGUUCCUGGCGCUAUACCUAGCUCUGCUUUACGGCAUCUUCUUCCUGGUCCUCUCGACCUUCUUCCGCGUCUUCACAGAACCGGGCGGGUAUAUUCUCGAUCUCACCUACAAGCGCUUCUCCGAGAAAGCCCCCGGAAAGCCAGAACAUCGCAUUGCGCUGGUGUUUCCCUCGAUUGUGCUGGCGUCCGGUGGCAUAUUCAUGUACGGGUGGUCUGUGCAGGCCACGCCACAUUGGAUCGUGCCAGACAUAGGAGGCUUCCUGUUCUCCUUUGGGGUCUCGGUGCUGUAUACUGGGAUCCAGGCGUAUGGUGCAUCCGUGCUGUGGUUUUUUGGAGAGAAGCUGAGAGCUCGCAGUCCGUCUGCGGCGAGGAAAGGGGAGAUUGAAGGUGAUGUCCCCUCACUCUGA